UAGAUGCAGUCGAUCACUUCCAUCCACACAGUCCUUUCCACUUCUGGAUCACUCUGUAACAUUAGGCAGUUUUCAUUUAUAUGCUGUUUAUUUUUGAUGAUCGCACUGUUUUUCAUAUGCAUCUGCUUAUAUAUGAAAUCGCUCGUUUCUGCAUCUUCCUCGCAUGUGUUUUUGAUCCGGAGAUUGUGGUCUCAUUCAGAAGAUGCCUAAUAGCACUUCCAAGUGUUAGCUGUAAAAUCUUGUCUUUGGUGUAGAAAGAGUUUAGGAAGUUUACAUUUGGUAUCAAAGCUGAACUGACUCUACUGUCUCUAAUCUUGUUUCAGUGAUGACUGGCAAAACAAAGCUGAACAUCGUGCUGUGUGGAAAUAAUUCAACACUCAAGAACUCUGUGUCUAAAAUACUUAGAGGGAAAAUAAAUAAACCAAUGAAGGUUAUUUUCCAUCAGAAAGAGAUGAGCAAAGUGUGUGUGAAGAAAGAGGCGAAGAUCAAUGGACGUCAGUUCAGUGUAAUAGAGCUUCCAGUUCUCACUCGUCUCUCAGAGGAGGAAGUGAUGCGGGAGACUCACCGCUGUGUGUCUCUCUGUGAUCCUGGAGUUCAUCAUUUCAUCCUCGUUACUCCUGUCACUCCACUUACUGAUGAAGACAGAGCAGAAAUGGAGAAGACUAAAAAUAUAUUUUACUCACAAGAGCAUUUCAUGGUGCUUUUCUUUACUGAAGACACUGUUGACAAAAGUGUGAGAGAUUUUGUAGCGUCCACAGAAUCUCAGAGGAUCGUGAGUCUCUAUGGGAGCUGGUGUGAUGUGAUGGGGUUAAAGGACCAGAGAAACCCAGAACAGAUCUUAAAGAUUAUAGAUGCUAUAGACCGCAUAAAGACUGAACCCUAUUCUCUUCGGAUGUAUAUGAGAUCUCCAGAGAGGAGAGUCAGACAUGAACUAGAGGAGAAACUGAGAGUGAGAGACAAUGAAAUCGAAGAGUUACAGAAGAAGAUCAGGACACUGGAUCCAGAGGGUGUGAAGCUGAAUCUGCUUGUGUGUGGGGGUAACAGAGAAUUAAAAUCCUUCAUAUCAAACCUGAUCCUGAAGCAGAGCGAGAGAAGAUCAGAGCUGAUCUCAGAGUGUAAGAGGAGAGACGUGGAGCUUGAUGGACGUCUGAUCAGUCUGGUGGAGCUUCCAGCUCUGUUCAACACUCAGCUCUCAGAGGAGGAAGUGAUGCGUCAGACUCACCGCUGUGUGUCUCUCUGUCAUCCUGGAGUACAUGUGUUCAUCCUCAUCAUUCCUGAUGCUCCACUUAAUAAUGAAGACAGAGCAGAAAUAGAGGAGAUCCAGAGGAUAUUCAGCUCAAGAGUCAACAAACACAUCAUGAUCCUCAUAAAGCAGAAUUCAGAGCAUCAGACAGAAGAACUCAAUGAAGAAACACAGUCUGUCAUUGAGAGAUUUGGAGGACGACAACAUUUCAUCGGCCUCAACACACAAGUGUCUGAGUUGAUGAAGAAACUGGAACAGAUGGUUGAGGAAAAUAGUGGUGUUCGUUUCUCCACAGAGACAUUGAUGGAGGCACAGAUGGAGAAACUGCAGAAAUUAGAAGAAAUGAAGGAGAGAGUCCAUUCUUUAGAGACGUGGUUUCAGUCACAAGAUUCAAGAGAAAGAGAAGGUGAUCUGAGGAUUGUGCUGCUGGGAAAAACUGGAGUUGGGAAAAGUUCAACUGGAAACACAAUUUUAGGAAGAAACACAUUUAUUUCAGACAUUUCUCAAACAUCUGUUACUAAAGAGUGUCAGAAAGUGACAGCUGAAAUCAACGACAGACACAUCACUGUGAUCGACACUCCAGGACUGUUUGAUACUGAUCUGACUAAUGAUGAGAUCCAGAGAGAAAUCAGUAACUGCAUCUCCAUGAUCCUGCCUGGACCACAUGUGUUUCUCUUACUGAUUCCACUCGGACGAUUCACUCAAGAAGAAGCAAAAUCAGUGAAGAUCAUCCAAGAGAUGUUUGGUGAAAACUCAUUAAUGUACACCAUGGUGCUCUGCACCAGAGGAGACUUUCUGCAGAACAAAACCAUUGAUCAGUUUUUGGGAAAACCUGGAUCUGCUUUAAAUGAACUGAUUGAAGCGUGUGGAAACAGAUUCCAUGUGUUCAAUAAUAAAGAGACCAGAGACCAAACACAGGUGACUGAUCUACUGCAGAAGAUAGACAACAUGGUGAAAGAAAACGGAGAGAGUUACUACUCAUGUAAGAUGUUUAGAGAGAUGGAGAGAGAAAAACAAGAAAAACAGAUGAAGAUCCUGAUGGAGAAAGUGGAGCAAGUGAACAGAGAAAAAGAAGAACUGAUGAUGAAACAUGAAGAAGAGAUAAAGAGGAUGCGGACAAAUAUGAUGACGAAGAUUGAGGAAGAAAUACAGACUCAUGAGAAAGAGAGAAAGAGUCGAGAAGAAGAAUUUAGAGAGAGAGAAGAACGAUAUAAAAGAGACAUCAAAGAAAGAGAUGAACAAGAGAGAAAGAUAAGAGAGGAACUGAAGAAAGAGCGUGAGGAGAUGAAGAAAGAACGAGAGGAGAUGAAGAGAGAACGAGAGGAAUGGAAGAAACAGAAACAAGAAGCAAGACAAAGAGAGCAAGAGGAGGAGAAUUGGAGAAAGAGAGAACAGGCAAUGUGGGAUGAAUAUAAUCAGAAUCUCAAACAAGAGAUAGAGAAAAUGAACAUGAAGAUGGAGGUAGAAAGAGAGAAUCAUGAUAAAGAAAGAAAAAGAAGAGGAAUUUAAGUGGAGAACAAUAUAAAAUAGACAUUAAAGAAUAAAGAAGACAAUGAGCCCAGAUUUUAUAUAACAUUUUUUUAAUUGUACAAAAAACUUAUGGUUCCAGAAUAAAUGUCUCAUUUUGUAACAAAAUGUAAGCAUGUAAAUUGUUAUUUAAAGUAUGUUUUAAGAUGAAUUUUAAGCUAAUUGCUAUAAAUUUUAGUAAACUGUGUUGUAGAUGCACUAGAUAAGAAAAGCCAAAACAAUGUUCCACAAAACACAUUCAGUGUUGCUUUUAAACUGUUUAAUUGAAAAAAAAAAAAAAAAAAAAGAUGUUUUCCUCAGUUUUUCAGAUUGGCUUGCAGUUAACGUAAAGUUAAUUUGCGAUAAAGAGGCAGUGGAACAUACAAAAGUUAUUAUGCUUCUCUGUUCAACUACAGUUUAUUCCGGCUAAUUGACGUAACUUGCUUGUUGAUGUUUUCAUCAUGUCAAUCUUCAGAAAAUGAGACCACAAAUUUGAAAAAAAAA